GUAGUUUGACUGCGUUGUUAGGUUGUGGUUAUCGGUGAGCGGSAAACGCGAGGAGCACAGCGGCGAUGGCGAGCCAGCGGACUACCGCCGACCUGAGCGACCUGGUCCCUCGCCCGGAGAAGCUUCCGGAGCUCACUCGGCUGCACAGCAUGACGGAUCGUGUGAAGGGAUCCAUCGCCGAGUACCGCAACCAGAUCGUCCUGCUGUUGUCUCGCUACGUGGCGAACGGGAAGCACAUGCUGCAGCCGCACGAGCUCAGAAGCGAGCUGGACCGCGUUGCCGAGCUGGAGUGCUUCGCCGGCACGCAGAUCAAGGAGAGCGCUUUCGCCAAGCUCCUGCGAGGGACGCAGGAGGCAGUCGUCGUUCCUCCUUACAUCGCGCUGGCAGUCCGUCCUCGUGUGGCGGAAUGGCAGUACAUUCGAAUCAACGUGUUCGAGCUCACGGUGGAGCAGCUCAGCCCGUCGGAGUACUUGGAGUUUAAGGAGCGCGUGAAGGCUACUGACGAUGAGGCGCCUCCAGUUUGCAGCGACUUCGCCACGCUGGAGAUCGACAUGGAGCCAUUCAAUGCCAGCUUCCCGAGAAUGACCCGUCCUUCGAGACUUCACCCAGGUGUGUGGCCAUACAAAGAGGAGUGUCCAGAGUUGAUAUGCAACACAGAUCUGGUCUCUGUGUUCCGCGGACGUGGUAUGGAUUAAGCUCAAACACCUCCAUCAUUGUCGGGCUGUUCAACCAGACGUUGGACAGCUUAUGACAGACUCGAAUCACUCGAUUUGACAGUCUGUUCAAGUGCAUAUUCUACUCAGACCGUAGUGCCACUCAGGAAAGAUCAUCAUGAUACUCGAGUUCCAUGAUGUKCAAUUAAUACUCAAGUAAAGMUGUCCCCUUCGC